UGUUUUUUUUUUUUUGCCAGUCAAAAUGCUGCGGUGGAGAGCUACUCGCUCGGUGCCGUGGCGCCACUCACAUCGCGCGUUGUCGUCGCGUCAGGCGGCGCAGCUGGAGACACAAGUGCUGGAGAAGCUUCGCGGUGUCUCUGACGGAUUGGGGCUGGGCGACAUUGUGUCGCUGGGCCGCGUCAAGGUGAAGCGACAGCAGAUUGACACAUCGUUGACUCAUUUCAUGCCUCGAAGUCCCUCAUUCGUUUGUUAUUCUUUGUUUCAGGAGCUGCGCGUUGUUCCAGAGGCCGGCAAAGUUUCAUGCAAGAUCGAGACGCCGUCUCCGGCGCUGAUGGAGCUGGCGCAACAGUGGCAGAAGGAGGCGGAACUAGCCGUGAACAAAUUGGACUGGGUCAAAGAUACGGACUUUGAGAUCUCCAAGUCGCGACCACGCAAUGCUCGUGCUGGCCGCUUCUCGUCGCUGGCUCACGUGUCGGACAUCAUUGCAGUGUCCAGUUGCAAAGGCGGCGUUGGCAAGUCUACGGUGGCAGUGAAUCUCGCCUUUAGCCUUGCGAAACGUGGUGCUCGAGUGGGAAUUCUGGACGCUGACAUCUAUGGACCGAGUUUGCCUACUAUGGUCUCGCCUGAAGACUGCACUAUUCGCCAGUCAAAGAAGAUAAAGAAUUUUGUCGAACCGGUGGACUACGAGGGCGUCAAGUGUAUGUCUUUCGGCUUCGUGAACCAACGUGCUGCUCCUGGUGCGGGAGGAGUCGGAGCUGCAGUGAUGCGUGGUCCCAUGGUCUCAAAACUGGUCGACCAGCUCAUUCUCGGCACCGAGUGGGGCGAUCUUGACUACCUGGUGGUGGAUAUGCCACCUGGAACGGGAGACAUUCAGAUCUCACUUUCGCAACAAAUGGCUAUCUCAGCUGCAGUUGUCGUGACAACGCCGCAGAGACUCAGCUUCGUCGACGUAGAGAAAGGAAUCGCGAUGUUUGAAGAUCUAAAGGUGAAAACGGCGGCUGUGGUGGAGAACAUGUCCUACUUCGACUGCUCCCAUGGACAGCGACACUAUCCGUUCGGCCCGGGCCAUACCCAGGAGCUUGUUGACAAGUGCAACAUGAAAAAUGUGUUCAAGCUGCCAAUCUCGGAGCAAUUUAGCGCAUCGGCAGACUCUGGACGGCCAUUCGUUCUCUCUGGAUUAUCCCCUGAAGAAGAGAAGACGUACGACUCGCUAGCGACCACAGUGAGUCCUUGCGCAACUGGACGUGUCAAGUAUAACCGGGCUUGUACUAACUGCAGUCGUUUUAGGUUGCCAAGGAACUGGUGGUUUUGAAGCACAACGUUCGCUUGGCGCCCGAGCUUCUCUAUGACACGAAUCGCGGCAUUGUUCUCCGCUUGUACAGUUUGAACGAGGCGAAGGAGGCUGUGCUUCACCCAGCGGAUCUCCGAGCUCAAUGCCGCUGUGCUCAAUGUAUCGAUGAGUUCACAGGAGAGCAGGUAUUGUUACGUGAUGAGAUAAAACCCUUUGGUAUCCCGACUUGACGCCUUUUUGUUGUGCAGAUCUUGGACCCAGCUACGGUUCCAGACGAUAUUCAUCCCACCGCAGUUGAGCGGAAGGGUAACUAUGCUUUUGCGGUCACGUGGAGUGAUGGCCAUACUUCGUCACUCUACACGUACGACGCCAUCACAGCACUAAUCUCUGAGUACGCACCCAAACCAACCGAACAGCAAUAGAGCAACAAUUUAGGAAACCUAGACAAACAUUGAUGCUCCAACAAGGCAUGUCCAAUACUUUGUUCCUUCCCAAA